GUCACUUAUUAUCGUUAACUAGAAACAGAAACACGUUACUAAAAAUUUUGCUAACACUUUACAAUAAGCUUCAACAUUACUGUAUUAACUAACAAAGAGCAAUAGAUUUAUUACAGUAUUUACAGUAGUUCACAAUGAAAAUUAAUUGUUCAUGUUAGUUCACUAAUGUUAACUAGUACAACCUUUCAUUUUAAUAGCAUAUUAGUAAAUAUUGAAAUUAAUAUUAAUAACAUUAAUAAAUGCUAUACAUUACAGUAUUGCUCAGUCUUAGUUCAUGUUAACUAAUGGACUUUAUUGUAAAGUGUUACCAAUUACAAUAACAUUUAUUUUGUUUCCGCUAUUGCCAAGGCAACAGUUCUCAUCGAAUACUAAAGUAACUCAAACGAAAUAAUAAAUGGGAAAUGUAGCACAAAAAAAAAAACUAUUUAUUUUCAUUUCAGUUUCAAAGAGUUUAUAUUUUGCCAUUAAAAUAGCCGUGACGUGUCCAUAAAAUAUAAACAAUUUGUAGAAAUAAAACGGAUUGUCGGGUUUGAUCGUUCAGAUCUGCGUCUAAAACUCGCGACUGUCACUUUAAAUGUUCCUCCUCCUCGUCAGUGACAUGAUGAAGAGCAGCGCCACACCGCGGACACACACUGCAGGAACACACUGAUCUGACACUCGCUGGCUCUAUAUUUCAUACAGCUGAUGUUCAUAUUUUCUGCGACUGUAAAUCAUAGAGAUAAUCAGAAGCAACAGCGCGCGCGCGCCCGUCACUGUGAACGAGUAUGUUCUGGACACGGUGACCUUCGGGUUCACAUUACCGCAAUGACAAAAGCGACACACACACACACACAUAUCAGUAUACAAGACAAGGUACGCGCUUCUCUUCAUCAUUGUUCUUCAUCAUCAUCAACAUCAUGAAGACGUUUCUUGGCUGACGUCACGAGUUCCGCGGGUCGAACCGGAUGAUUCCGAUGCUUGUGUUUGAUCGGUUCCGAUAGGUUCGGUUCCUCUGAUCGGUUUUGCUGAUUCAUUUCCUCUGAUCGGUUCUUCUGGUGUGGUUCCUCUGAUCGGUUCGGUUCCUCUGAUCAGUUCUGGUUCGGAUCGCGAUGCAUCUCGCGGAUUUCAUCGCCGGUUCUGUCGGAGGAGCGUUUGGAGUGGCGGUGGGGUAUCCGCUGGACACCGUGAAGGUGCGACUCCAGACACAGACUCAGUAUUCCGGCGUUUGGGAGUGUGUGAGCAGAACCUGCAGAACUGAAGGCGUGGGCGGGUUCUACCGAGGGAUGUCGAUGCCGCUGACCACCGUCUCCAUCAGCUCGUCUCUGGUGUUCGGCACGUACAGGAACGUCCUGCAGUCGCUGCAUCAGAUGCGGCACAGAAGCGCAGCGGAUCCGCAUCAUAAGGCUGAUAUCCUUCUGUCCGGGUUCUGCGGAGGCGUCGCUCAGGUGCUGGUGAUGUCUCCCGCAGACAUGGUGAAGGUCCGUCUGCAGUGUCAGGCUGAAGGGCGGCGAUACAGAGGCCCGCUGCACUGCCUGCUCAGAAUCGCCCGAGACGAGGGUCCGCUGGGUCUCUAUAAGGGUUCUGCCGCACUAGCGCUGCGAGACGGACCCUCGUUCGCCACUUACUUCCUCACUUACAACAGCAUCUGUGAUGCGCUGUCUGCAGAGAACCAGCGGCCGGGCUGGCCGGUGGUCCUGCUGGCCGGUGGGGUGUCUGGGAUGUGUGGCUGGGCCGUGGGGACGCCGAUGGACGUGAUCAAGGCCCGUCUGCAGGUGUCCGGCGUGAGCGGCCGGCUCUACAGAGGCUUCUUCCACUGCGUCACACACAGCGUGCGGACCGAAGGCAUCGGCGUCCUGUUCAGAGGCCUGACGCUCAACUGCAUCCGCGCCUUCCCCGUCAACAUGUCCGUCUUCGCCACGUAUGAACUGGUGAUCCGCUUCCUGCGUCCGGCGUCCUGAACAUCAGCCUCACAUCUUCUGGAUCCUGCACAAUGUUUAAUAUCAUGUGUGUGUGUUGUAAUGUGUAUGUGAGUGUUUUGCAGUGUCUACCUCAGAUGCUGAAGAGCAUCAUGUGACUGUCGAAGGGUUUGACCCCUAACUCACUAACCACCGUCCUCUGAGACUGCAGUCCUGCGAGUCCCUGAACACACACGAGCGCUCGGCUGUGUUUACAUCUAAAGCUGGGAGUUUAACUGGAGUGUUGCAGAAUACAUUUGAGAAUAACGCAGCGUUUCCAAGUCAUGUGUUUAAUCUGAACGUCAUCAUCACUUCCUGGAAACUGGCUCAAAUAUCAGUAAUAAAAGUGUGUUUCUGCAA